GCGCGCGCGCGAGAUGGCCACCUUCGAGCUGUACAGGCGGUCCACCAUCGGCAUGUGCCUCACCGAGACGCUCGACGAGAUGGUCUCCAGCGGCACCCUCAGCCCCGAGCUCGCCAUCCAGGUGCUCGUCCAGUUUGACAAGUCUAUGACGGAGGCCUUGGAAAACCAAGUGAAGAGCAAGGUUACCGUCAAGGGCCAUCUACACACCUACAGGUUCUGCGACAACGUGUGGACGUUCAUCCUGACGGAUGCGUCCUUCAAGAACGAGGAGACCACGGAGCAGGUCGGCAAGGUGAAGAUUGUGGCCUGUGACUCCAAGCUUCUCACCCAAUAAACAGUCAGCGUAGUAGCCAGGGGGCCUGCCCGUGGCGGGGGUUUGUUCCCCGCGGCCCCUGCUAGAUCCGCCUCUGCCUGAAGAACCGCGCCACCACCACAUUGCUGUUUUCAUACUCAGUAGAAUCUCCAGUGACACCUGAGCCGCAAACUCGUUCAGAUUCUUUUUCGUGGCGCUCCUGUAAUGUUUUUCAGAACUCGCUGUGUUGAUAAUGCGACAAUCCUGAAGACUAAAAUGAGUAGUAGUAGAAACUUUUAUGGGAAAUCAACCUCUGUGUGACUUGUUCAUCAGACUUAUAUUCCUGUGUUUGUUUCCGUA